AGAAAAAAAAUUAAGUGACUUUUGAUUGUGCAUAUUUUAAAUUCAGCUAUGUCUACAGAGAAGUUGGAUAAAUUCCUCAAAGCUCUGGACGCAGUGAAACAGGAUUAUACCUGUGGAUUUUGUGAUAAACUGUGUAAUAAUCCUGUUACAUUAGAUUCCUGUUACCAUAUGAUUUGCUCCAAACAUUUUAAAAGUCUAUCCGCUUGUCCAACCUGUAACAUCCCUCUUGUCCACUCUAAAGUAAUAACGGACGUCCGCUUAGAAUCCUGUGUGAACUCAGCCAAGCAACUGUGCGACAUAUUCGACAAAUUUAGAACCAAAAAUGUCCUGGAAGAAUCUAAAACGGAAAGUUCUGUAAAAGUUACCAAAAAACCAUCCAAGCAAAAUCCAAGCGCUAAUGCUAACACGUCAGACAAAGAAAAUAAAUCGGCUACUAAAACAACAAAUCUGAAACAAAUCCCUGCAUCCAAAGAUAAUCAAGUCAGAAAUAAAAACAAUCACAACACCACCAUUACAUCCACUGCGAGUUUUAAAUUUAAUAAGGGAAUAGAAAAGAGAAACAACAAGGGCGAGACGGCCCUUCACGUCGCCUGUCGGCAGGGUAAAAUUGACAAUGUGAUUGAACUAUUAAAACAAGGUGCUAACACCAACACAAAAGAUAAUGCAGGCUGGACACCACUCCAUGAAGUAGUGCAGAACGGCCGACUGGAUCUGGUGAAAAUACUGUUGCAGUACAAUACCUUGAUAGACGUUCCUGGCCAAAGCAACGAAACCCCCCUCCACGAGGCAGUGAGAUACAAUCACAAGGAUAUUGCAGAGGAGCUGGUCAAGAAUGGGGCAGAUCUGAAUGCCAGAAACUGUAAAGGGGAGACGCCUAUGGCAUUAGCCUCUAAAGAAAUGAAAAACAUCUUAUAUACAGCUGCAGAAAAUCUGAUUCAAACGCAAGGAGUUAAUAUUACAUUUAUUUCAGAGCUGUACACUGAAUUAGAUUUUGAUGACAUAAGAGUAUACUGCGUAUCUCAGUACAGGACAGUGCAUAACAAAAUUAAGUUGUUGAGUAAACAUCAUUCUAAUGUUCACAUUGAAGCCAAGCUUACCAAUAAAGUGACACACAUGAUAGUCGAUGAUGAAGAUGGUGUCUGUGCUUCCAGCUUGGACAUUCUUCAGGGUGUAGUGUAUGGUGUAUGGAUUUUAUCAUCAAAGUGGAUCACAAAGUCCACGGAGGACAAAUUGGAGCCGUUCAAAGACUAUGAAGUGGAAGGAAUAGGUAGUAAGUCAUACCAAGGCCCAAAGAACGCUCGCUACAACAAAUACAAACAGUUGCCGGGUAUUUUUAAUGGUUGUCACUUCUAUCUUCAUAAUUUUAACAUUAAAUACGAGAUAACCAAAUCGCUGAUUGUAACCAAGACUACGCUUUCAAAACUCAUAGUGGACGCCGGUGGAAUUGUAUUGAGACGAGUGCCCAAUCCGGAACUGAUACCUGAAGCCGAGAGACUUGUGCCGUAUCACGCUAAAAAGGGUGGCAAAUUAGCAGAAUGUUCCCAUUACAUAAUUUUCAGAGAUAUGUAUGAGCCCAUGUACAAUAUGUCUCACAUAAAAGCUCUGCCAAUAGGAUGGCUUAUUGAGUGUCUGGAAAAACAUGAGCUUUGUGAGCCCUGGUAAAAUUUUUGGAAAAUAUGAUCUAUCAAACUGUAAAAUUUACUCCAUAUAUAAUUCUUAUUUCAAAUAAGUACAUUCUAUAAUUAUUUAUAAAAAAAUACUUUUCUACUAAUGAUCUUGGGAAUAUGUAUUAAGAGAUAGAUAUAUAUUAA